UGAGUCAGUGAAAUCUGAACUGAACUGAAGCUCGAAACGCAAAGCAGGCGAAGAUGGCAGUGGAGAUUGACGACAAAGACUUGAAAGCCGCCGGCGCUGAGCUCUUCGCUGAUGGCGGCAAUCGCGGUGUUCGCAUCCAUGGAUGGCUGAUCGAGUCUCGCACACACUCCAUUCUCAACUCCGCAGCUAUCCAAGAGUGGGAACAUAAACUUGAUACUAAUCAUUUACCGGAAAUGGUUUUUGGGGAGAACACGUUGAUUCUGAAGCACUUGAGCAGUGGCACCAAAAUUCAUUUUAAUGCGUUUGAUGCUCUUUGUGGUUGGAAGCAGGAAGCCUUGCCACCAGUUGAAGUUCCUGCAGCGGCUAAGUGGAAGUUUAGAAGCAAGCCUUCUCAGCAAGUAAUACUAGAUUAUGACUAUACUUUUACAACACCUUAUUGUGGAAGUUGCACAGUUGAGAAUGAUAAAGAUAUGAAUGCAAAAGAAACUUCUGAGGAAACAAGCAAUAUCCUUUGGCAAGACUGCAAGGAACAAAUUGAUUUGGUUGCAUUGGCAUCCAAAGAGCCUAUAUUGUUUUAUGAUGAGGUAGUCCUAUAUGAGGAUGAACUUGCUGACAAUGGAGUAUCACUUCUUACUGUAAAAGUGAGAGUAAUGCCAAGUUCUUGGUUUCUUCUCCUGCGAUUCUGGCUUAGAGUUGAUGGAGUGCUCAUUCGACUGAGGGAAACUCGCAUGCAUUGUGUAUUUGGUGGAAGCACAAAUCCCAUUAUACUUCGGGAGACUUGCUGGAGAGAAUCUACAUUUGAAGCUUUGUCUGCUGUAAGUAAAGGAUACCCUUUUGAUGCCGCUACAUAUAAUGAUCCAAGCAUAAUCAGCCAGAGGCUCCCCAUCAUCAUGCAUAGGGCUCAAAAGCUUGUUAUUUCCUCUUAAGUUAUAUGGCUGUAAAUUCCCUAUAAUGUAAAAGGGAUUAUAAUCAAUUCUUGUUCAUAUUUUUAUUCAAACUUCUGGCAUGGCUACUGAAACUA